AAUUUCAGCAGUGCUAAUUUAAAAAAUUAAAUUAAAAAACAAAAAACGAUAUACGUAAAAAAAAUCCUUAAAAAAUAUUUCUAAUCCAGAAUUUACAGUAUUUUGUGUGACUUUUAUUAAGUGACUUUACCGUACUUAAAAUAUUUUUUAAAAAAAUAUUUAAAAGAAAAAAAAACUUUAAAAAAACAAAACAAAACAACAAAUCAUCAAAAAUGAAUUCAUAUUUUGAACAAAGUGGAUUUUAUGGUCAUCCGCACCAAGCAUCCGGAAUGAGCAUGACAGCGUCAUCUCAUCACGAUCAAUCGUCAGCCACAGCCGCCUAUCGGGGCUUUCCACUGUCGCUGGGUAUGUCACCGUACGCAAAUCAUCAUCUUCAUCAGUCCCGGUCAACACAAGAGUCUCCGUACGAUGCCAGUAUAACAGCAGCAUGCACCAAAUUAUAUGACGGCGCCUACAAUAAAGAUUGCUCGAAAACGGCUUCAACCGGCGAAACGAACGGUUACAAAGAUGUAUGGAAUACAUCGUCUAGCGGUAGCACGGGUCAAAAUAGUUCCGUUCCAGUACGACCAUCGGCGUGUACACCGGACUCUCGCGUUGGGUAUUUGGAUGGUGCGGCUGCCAGUCCGGCUAGCCGUGGCGGUUCGACGACUGGCGUUACUGGCAGUGCAUGGAAUGCAUCACAAUGUUCGAUUACCGGAGCUAGUAGUCAGGCGGCGGCGACAGGUUUACACCAAGCGAGUAAUCACACAUUUUACCCAUGGAUGGCUAUAGCAGGUAAGAGAUAUUCUGAAUCUCUUGCGAGCUCUCUACUUCCAGAUUGGAUAGGUGCCAAUGGUCUGCGGAGGCGAGGACGACAAACAUACACAAGGUACCAAACAUUAGAACUAGAAAAAGAGUUCCACACAAAUCACUACCUAACAAGACGACGGCGAAUCGAAAUGGCCCAUGCACUAUGUCUCACAGAGCGGCAAAUAAAAAUCUGGUUCCAGAAUCGACGAAUGAAAUUGAAAAAAGAAAUCCAAGCAAUAAAAGAACUCAAUGAACAGGAGAAACAAGCCCAAGCCCAAAAAGCAGCUGUUGCGGCGGUGCAAGCGCAAGUCAUAUCCGAACAAAAUUAGUUACAUUGUUAUUGUAAAUAAAUUAAAUUUAGGCUAAAUAAUUUAUACAAAAAAAGAAGAAAAAAAUGAAAGAAAAAAAAAACUCUACACAAACAGAAACAACAACAACAAAAAAUGAACAAAGUGGCAUAAUUACGUAAACGUAAACUAAUAAUUAUUAACAAUUUUUUUUAUUUAGUAAUUAGUACUGAGGCGGUGAUGUUAGUCCAUUAUUUAACGCACUAUCACCGGACAGUUUUCUUAUUUCUUUCUUUAUAAAACGAAACAAAAAAAAACUUUCGAAAAGUGUUCCAUCAAAACGGCGAAUUGACCCAAUGCGAUUAGUUGGAAGUGAUGCAGUAAAAUCAAGUCUCAAAUCUAAGGGGUUACACAUAAUGAAGGAAUUGUGACUAAUCAAAUUGUAGUCGAUUUAAAUGAAAUUAGAAAUUCUGUUGAACAGUAGUAUCAGUAUUUCGGGUCUAGGUUCCGAUUUUAUUGAUCACAAAUGAUGAAGUCAAUUUUUUCAGCGAACUUAACUAUGAAGUUUACACCAGUUUAAUACACUGUGUCUGGUAGAAACUAGUAAUCUGUUGUCGUCAGCGCAAUUAAAAAUGAACGAUAAACUGUGGUUGGUGUUUUUUAUAUAACAAAACUCAUGUUAAAAAUAAUGAAGUAAAAGACCUUACACAACAAAUUCAACAAAAGAAGUAAUAGAUUGAACCGCUUACAGUUAUUGAAAUGUUGAUGUGGACUUGAUUCAAUAAAAUCCAGAAUCCAGUAACAUUUGGUUCGGCAACAAUCCACUGCUGAUCGUUUCUAAUUGCGUUCGAAUUGGUCCUGAUUUUGUUACAUUUUUCUGGGUUAUACGACUAGUCAAUAGUUUUGCAAAUUUCAUUGUUUCUCCAUUAUGUGUAAACACCUCAGAAAUUGUCUCUACUAAAUUCACGUUAGUUCCUUUAUUAAUUGAUGCCGUUCCGUUCCUCUUCAUACGGUCAAAUAUUUGUAGCAAAUUUUAGGUGGCUGGCUCCAAUGUGUCCGAUUUAUGAAAUGCAACUUGGAAAUACAUAUACAUUGGAAUGAACAUCAUCUAUUAUGUGUAUAUUAAUUAUGAUUUGUGCAUAAAUAAAUUUGAAAAUAUUAACGGUCCAAAUUUACUUAUGAAUAAAUCACCGACAAACAUUCUGCUCACCACCAUUAUAACCACUCAUCAAUACUCUGAAAUGGACUUUUUCGAAACAAUCACACCAAAGUUCUAAUCAACAACAAUUAAUGUUACUAAAGACUGCGUUGAGUGGCAACGGUGAGAGAGCAGUGACUGGGAAAAUAUUAUAUGAAAACCUUCGAAACCAAGGCCUAGAUUUUAACAAUAAAAUUUUACUAACUGUUCAGAGUCCUUAGUUAUGUGUGUUUGCAUUUCAUAGCUGAUCAUAACAAUCUCAUUUCCUGCAUUCAUUAGCACGUUGGUUGGAAUAGUUUAUAACAAAAAAGGUAUUUUUAAUGAAGUUUCAAGAUAGCUCACGGAGUAGUGUCAAAUUAUGUCCCUAUUCUUGUAGUCUGCUUUUUGGAAAGAAAAUGUGUACUGCUUUGCACACGUAAAAAAUCCCAAUUUCGCAUCUAAGCUGUUCUUCUUGGUUUCUUUGAUUUUUCGCAUUUGCCACGUGAAAAAGCAUUUGAUACUAGAGAGAUCAGAGAACCGGAGAGAAACGUUAGCCCCGUUACGAAAGUGAGAUUUUUGAUGUAAAAAAUCUUAAAAGUUCUGACAGAGAUUGUUAUGAUCCAUAUAAGAUUCAAAGACUAACCGACAUUGAAGCGCCACUUUCUCUUCUCCACUGAGAAAAGAGAAAAUUAUUGCCAACCCAUACCGUUGACUGAUUAUAUUGUGGAACUAUCCCGAAUCUUAAACAGCCAAUAACAAUUACUACAACAACCAAUUAUUUCUGUUCAAUCCGUGACAGUUGCGUGUAAAUAAACGACUGAUUUUCAUUGCUCAUUUUUUUGAUAUGAUUUGGAGUUCUGGAUAAAAACUCAUUUGGCCAUAAACACUAAGCAGCAAUUUUUUUGUUACAUCGUAAAUCGCAUUAGAUUCCUUCCAUCCACUCAUACGGAACAGAGACACAGAAAAUAAUAUUAUUUUUGUCAUAUAAACAUUUUUCAAACCGGAAAUGGCAAAAUGAAAAAUUCUCUAAACUCGAAAUCAUGUCAGUAUUUGUGGCAAUUUAGUUAUUUAAAAUUUAUAAAUAAAAAGAAAAAUACAAAUAGCUACGUCUAUGAGAUAUAAAAACAAAACAAAAAAUAAUAUAAAUAAUAAUUUAUUAAACAAAAAAAAGCGAAAAGAAAAGAAAGAGAAAAAUGAAAAGAGAAAAAAAUAAAGAAGAGAAAUUAUUGAUAUGUCUACUGUACAAAAUAGGGUACCAAAUUACACACAUCAUCUCUCAAAAAGAUGACUAUUAAAAUUAGAAUAUUAAUAAGUUCAUCAAAUAUGUGAAAUGUGCAUAUAUUAGUCAAUGACAAAAUAAAAAGUUGUGGCAGAAAAUUUAAACAAAAAAAAAUUAAAUUAAAAUUUACUGAAUUAUUAAAAAAUUGGUUUAAAAAAUGAUAAUUGAAAGUAAUUUAUUAAAUUGAAUUGGAAUAUUAAACGAAAAAAAAAAAUAUUGUACUCGUAGGUACAAAAAAACAAAGAACAGUAGUGUGGGUGUAUCAAUGUGUCUGUACAUGCAAACAAACAAAAAUAUUUAUCAUUAAAGAAAUUGUUAGUUUUUUUUUUAAUUUUGUCGAGAAAAAAUUAUUCCUAAUUACGGAUUUAUAUUUGUUGUAGUAAUUUUGUUGAUUAUGUUAUGUUCCAAAAAUCUACAAUCAUUUUUUCUGUUUCUUUUCAGUUUUGUAAAUAGAGAAAAAAAACUAACGAAUGAACAAAACGAAGAGUUGUGUCCCAAUCAGAAUUUUUUAGAGAAAGAAAGAUAACAAAAAAAAAAUCUUCUACAAUUUGGUCCUUUCUUUAAUUAUUUUAUGUCUUUGAAGUGUCUCUGUGUUGAUGAACAAGCCAUGUAGAUUUUUUGUGGUAAUUUUUGGAACUUAAGUUUGAUCGAAAAAAAUCGGUUUUCAAUCCAUCGACCAUAAGAAUCAUGUUAUAUUACAUUUCUGGGGUCUUAUACAAACUCCAGCUCUUUAACUGGCUUUUAAUACAAGAUCGGUGAAUGGCAGGGGAAAAUGUUGUGACGUAAGACCUAUUUUUAAAAAUUUAAUUUUUUUAAAAUCCAAAAAUCUUAAAAAUUCCUAAAAAAUUCUUAAAAAUACAAAUAGGAAUUUUUUAAGUAUUUUUUUUGGAUUCCUAACACUAUGUUCGAUGCGACGAGAUUUUUCCAAUUUUUUGAGGGUGGAUUUAUUAGAAGUCCUUAGAAUUUACCAGAAAGUCUUCAGUGUGAACCUUUUCAUAACUUUUUCGACAGUUUUAAGAUUAAGAUUCCGAUCAACUGACAAGUACACGACUUUCUAUGAUUUCCUAGCGACAAUGGAUUUUAGUCUCGAAUAUUCCAAUAGUCUCCAGUAGUCUCGACUUAUUUUAUUUUUUUAAAUCAUAAUUGAUUCAGUUAGUUAACUGUUUUGGAUAACUUCUUGAGACUAUUGAGAUACCAUUUUAUUCAAGGAGCACCAUAGUGCGAAAGCCAUUACAUUAUGCCAAAAAAAAAAGUUUCUUAAAAAUCUGUAAAAUUUUCCAAAUGAAUUGACGAUAGUGGACGAUAGUCUCUAAUAUACAGCCAGACCAUUAUUUCAAUCUUACCUCUUUGCACUCCAAGAUGUCAGAUUUAGACGAAAAGAAAAACAGUACAAAAUAGAAACGAAGGCUUCGUGUUUUGUAGAAAGGUUAGUUAGUCCUUCGGACGAUAAUUAGGUUCAAUGAUAUUAUUAGGAAAUUAUAUGAACGGAAAAUCUUCGAGGACAAGGCUUUAUUCUUCUUCAGCGAGACCGACAUACAAUUCUUUUAACUCAUUUUUGUUUGAGCGUAGCCGUUGAUGAUAGUAGACAACAGGCAAUGAUAUUAAAAAUUAGUUAAUAAAAUUUGAAAAAAAAAGCAAAAAGAAAAACAAUUUUUUUUUCUCCUUCUCUUUACAAACGAUGCAAUAUUUAAACUAGAACAAAAACCGUUUUCAAUUUUCGUUAAAAUUAUUUCUUGUUUAAUUUUUUUUUAAUUAUUUCUUUUUUGUUCGUUUUGAAGAUACACAAAGACAAUAUAUUUUAUAUAUACAUGUAUAUUACUACUAAAUUACUUACAUGUGCGAAAAAAACAUUGAUGUGAAGUUCUUCUUCUUUUUUUAAUUUUUAAACUUAAGAUGUAUAAUAGGAGCUUUAAAUUAUUUAAAAUUUACUAUGGAAAAAAAUACAAAAAAUUUAAAAAAAUACUAAACAAAAAUACGUAAAAACUGUGAGAUUAUGCAUAUAAAUAUUAUCUAAAUUAAGUUUAAAAGAAAAAAAUAAUAAUUUAAAAAUUGAAUGAUAGAGAAACGAGAUGUUUCUUCAAAAUAUGUAACACACAUUAUAGUAAAAAUCAUUUCAGCCGAUGAUGUUGUUUAAGGUCCGCCUGUAACUUCCAGCCAUUCACAAAAUAUUUUGUUUAUUUUUUUGUUUGUUUUAUUUUUCUUUAAAUCCAAAGGUAUUUGCGAUGACUUAAUUCUGUGGUAAUUGAGAUUUUGAUGCCGAACAGGAGAGGCUCUGCUAAUUUAUAGUUUAUAAACCUUCACUGUAUGGAAUUUCUAAACGGUUAAUCAUCUGUUAUCGACAACGAUGCCAAAUAUAACAGAUGAGUGGUCCUUUAUAAAGUAGAACGUAUGUUAAAUCAAAUGAAGUAAAAGAUUUUGUAUCAAACAUGAGUAUUCCUUUUACGGAUGAAGUAAUAGAUUCAAAAAUUUGUUGAUAGUUUUCAGACCCAUUCUGAACACUUCUUAUUUGUCUGCGAACCACACUUUUAAAUAGUGUAAGAAAUCUUAAAGCUUUUCUCUACCAAAAAUUGACUUUGUUUACGCCAGUUGGUCAACAUUGUUUUAACAACUGACAGACGUGUGCAGAUUAUGUCAUAAAUCUUUCACUUCACUAGUUUGAAUAUACGUAUGUACGCUAUGCAAAUUUAGCUUAAUCCCAUUGCUAAGUUAGGUGGUCGAUUCUAAAAGAUUAUUUUGUUUGGUUUUGUGGUUGUCACUAGCUUAGUCAAUAAUUGUUUGAAAUUGGAAAAAUUGACAGAAUUCGAAUUUUGUUUUGUUAGUCGGAAUCGUGGGAAUAGUGUUCGUUCGAUAAUCACUAGAAGCUAAAAUAUUAGAAUCAAUUUAAUUUUAAAACCAAUACUGGUCAGCAACUUCCUUGCUUAUUCUUUAAUUUUUGUUGACUUAGAAAUGUUCGAAAUUACAGUAGAAAUUCUCGCACUACUUGCUAUUUGCAGAACAGCCAUUUCAAUUUAGUUGAUGCAAUCGGCAUGUAUUACGAAAAACCGAACACAAAAUCCUCUCUCAAUAAACUUAAAUAGCAUGAGCUGAUCUGAAAAAAUUGUGCAUCUCAGAACGUUUCAACAACAUCAGUACAAUUAAUUUCUCAUAAAAAAAAACAAUUUAUCGCUAAAAGAUAUGGAACAAAGGUAUACUAUAAAAAUGUAAACAAAUUCGUCAAAAUAAUUCAGGAAUAUUAAGUUAUAUUUCGAAGUGAAAAAGAAAAGUAAAAUAAAACUAAAAACCCUAGAAAAACAACAAAAA